UUAAACUCAUUCUCAUUUCUCGCAGCGCCUUGCCUAGUUGCUUCAUAGUCCAUAGACUUAUCUGUAUGCCUUGCCUUUAAUAUUAUGGAAAUUAUUAUUGAUUUUAAUGAAAUCGGCUUUGGCAUUGUACUGUAGAUGGAUGAUAGAAAUUUCAAAUACUUAACGACUUAAAAAAUAACAUUAUUAAGGUAAGAUUUAAAUAUUUGUUCUAGCACUCGCCAUUAUGUCCCAAGAAACUAUUCAGACUCUUGUAGAUAUGGGUUUCCAGAGAGAAAAAGUGUAAGUUUUUUUGUUCAGUUAUUUAUUAAAAAAAAAAUAAGUUUUUCACAAAUUGUUUUAUUAUAGUGAAAAAAGUGUUUUAAUGACGGGGAAUCAAGGUGUUGAACAAGCUAUGGAAUGGUAAGAGAUAACCAAUAUUAAUAUGGCAUUAAAUAACAUUAGAAUAGUGAAAUACUUCAAUAGGUAUUAAUUAAUUAUAGAGCCAAAUUAAAAAUAACUGUUACUAAAAAAACAAUAUAUUUUAAGUAAAUAUGUUAUUUUCUAAUGAGGGUAUUGUGCCAAAAUAUGCCACAAUAAAUUAUAGAUAUUUAAUUAUACUCGUGACUGUUUUAUUUUAAAUCAUGUAAUGUUAAAAAUUGUUUAUUUAACUAUUCACAUCAUGUUUUACUAAUAGCAUAAAAUAUUGUUUGUAUAUUUUUAGUAGAUAUUUUCUUUUAUAAAUUAGGCUAGUCUUGAUUUACACUUGUACAAUCAGUGGCGGAUUUAUGGGGGGGUGUAUGGGGUGUGGACCCUCCCCAGACACUGAUAUAAUUUCAAUAAAUGUCCAAAUGAGAAACAUCUAUUAAUAGGGAUAUUUUUUAAAUACAUAUGAUUUUUCAGGAUCCCUCCCAGAAAAAUGUUGAAAAUUCUCUACUGUGUACAAUAAAUUACUAUUUAUACCUAUUGUUAUAAUGACAGUUAUAUCUACUUAUUUUAUAAGGUUACUGGCUCACCAUGAUGAAAUGGAACCAUCAACUUCUCAAGGGGGCAGUUCUGUUUUUAAUACACUGCCUGAAACAAAUAUUUCUUCUGUUUCUCCAGUUGUUGCUAAAUCAUACAAAUGUGAAGAGUAAGCAAAAUAAAUAUUAAUUCAAAUUGUAUAAAUUCAUUAAGUUAAAAUAUAAUGAAAUGUACCUAGGAUAUAAAGUGUCUAGAUUUAUCUUAUUUUUAAUCAUUAUUGUCUAUUAUAUUUCUAGUUGUAACAAGUUGUUCACUGAUACUACUGCAUUAGAAUAUCAUGCUAUGAAAACCAAUCAUAGCAACUUCUCAGAAUCGACAGAAGAAAAAAAACCGUUAACUGAAGAGGAAAAAAAAGAACAAAUGAGAAAAUUAGAAGACCGUUUAAGAGAAAAACGCAAAGAGCGAGAAAAUAAAGAAAAAGAAGAAGAAUUAGAAAGAGAAAAAAUUAGAAUUCGUUCAGGAAAAGAGUUAUCUGCUGCUAAAAAAAAGUAAUUGUUUAUUAUAAACUAUGAUUAUUAAUUUUGCCAAAAAGUAAUUUUUUUAUUUGUUAUUUAAUCAAGGCUUGAAGAUGAAAACAUAAAAAAAAUUAUGGACGAAAGGAAACGUGAAAAACAAGAAGAAAAAGUAGCUCGUGAUAGAGUAAAAGCCCAAAUUGAAGCAGAUAAAUUAGCUAGGAAAAAAUUAUUUAGUCAAGUUUCUGGGGAAGAACAACUAAAACAAGUCACACCAGUAGCUUUAAGCCCUCAAAAACCUCUAAAGGAUUAUACUGAAACUAAAUUACAAGUAUUCAUUUUUAAUAUAUUACAUAUAUUAUUUUCACACAAUAUUACACCCUUGUUUCGUAUAUUACCCACAUAGAAUUUAAUAAUUUAGUAUACCUACUUCCUUCACAAAAUUUGAUAUUUAUUCAUGUUAAUAGUUGAUAAGUAAUAACUAAUACCUAACAAAUACUAUUAGUUUGGUAAUAAUUUCUUACCUUAUUUGUUACUUUCAUUCAUUUACUUCAUCAAAAUAAUUCUUGGUUAAUUUGAAAAAUAUUUAUCAAUUUUUCAUAACACUAAAAAAACUUUAUACACAUUGUGUGUGUUCAUUGAUCACAGGUGGUAAACUACAAUAAGACAAUGACAUGUUUUACUCAAAUUUUAUAUUUUUCAAAUUGCCACCUUUAUUAAAAAUUCCAUAAUAUGACUGAUUCUUCUCCUUCACCUUCAUUCUGAUUAUUUAAGGUCGGCUACUCUUGUCCUAAUUUUCCAGUUGAUGAUCUGAUCCCUUAAAUUGUUCUCGCAUACACCAGUCAUCUUCAUAUCAAUAAUUAAUUGUUUUUUAUGAAUGCCUAUAUUCUUUUCAUAUCUAUUAGCAGGUUAUACUAAUCUAUUAGUAUUCUUUAGUAUUAUUAUAAAACUCCAAUUAGUAAUAGUAUUAAAUUACAAAUUAUUUUCUUUUUUUUAUUAAAUUCACAUUAUGUAAUAGUUAUAAUAUUUAUAAAUUUAAAAGUACGCCACACUGAAAAGUUUUAUUGAUAAAAACAUAUCAACUAAGAUGACACAUAAUUCGCUAAGUUUUAGUUUUAGUAUGAAAGUACCAUUUACAAAACUAAAAGAAGACAAUAUUCUGAAAAGGUAAAUGAUGCAUUUUUUUUAAACAAGUUUUUUAAAAAGUUCAGGAAUUUAAAAAUAUUGAUAUAGUUGUUAUUUCUAAACAGUAAAUUGGGAGUUAUAUUUGGAAUAAUUGAAAAAAAUGCAUCGUCUGCUUCUUCGGAAUAUUGUUCUCUUUUAGUUUUGUAAUAUGUAUUAUUACUUCUAAAACUAAAAUUAAGUGAUUUCUGUGUAGUCUUUGUAAGUCUUUGUCUGAUGUAAAAUAUAAAUGUUGUCUCAUCAUGCUGCUUCAAGCGGCACCUUAAAUUUCAACAUCACCGUAAUCAGUGGUACCUCUACUACAAUAUAGUGGGAGGGUUAGAAAUAAAUUUUCAUAUAACGGUAUUAUUUCUUUAUACUUUAAAAAUUAAAGCAGCCAAAGAUAAAAAUAGUAUUGAUAAGAUAAUUAUUAUUUUCAUGUUACUUGCUAGCUUUAUAGGUCACAGUCAUUCUUAUUCAUAUCUUUUAAUAUUUAUUUAUAAAUAAUGCUACUAUGUCUAAUAUUAUAUGGUAUAUUUUUUUAUUAUUCAAUCUCCCAAAUAAAAAUAUUAGAAAUAUAAAAAGAAAAUUGUAGGUAGGUACCUAAUAUUUUAUAGUUCAAAUGGACAAUGACAAACCGAUACAUCAACUUUUUUUUCAUUCUUAAUCUAGUUGGUGCAUUGUGGAGAUCAAUUUUUUAUUUUUAUUAAGUGGAUUUCAUAAUAUAGGGAAAAUUCGAAAAAUGUGUACAGCCAUAUAACAAAAAUAAACAAACAAAUAACUUACUCAUAAACUUGAAUAAAAAUGAAACCAAAAAACGCCACUUAUCGUUUAUCUAUUGGAUUAAUAUGUAUGGUAAAAAACAUUGUACAAACAAUAAAAACGGUAACGCCGCAAUGCGCCAAAAAUAUUUGCCAUUUUACAUAAAAAAAAUUUCUUUUUCCUAAUUAUUUCGAAAACAACUUAGAAAAUCAAAAAAUGACCUAGUGGCAGCAACAAAAGAAAAUUAUCUUUCAGAAAAAGUGCUACAGUCUAUACUUCAGAGCAAGUUUUCUGGUUGAAAAGUUGUUUACAGAUAAAAGAAAAUACUGGAAACGAGUGCAUUCACUUUUGUAGGUAGGUAGUGGGGAAUACAUAAAGUUAUUUAAUUUAUAUCUGUAACCAACGAUAAACCAUUAAUUACAAAAACUGAUUCGGAGCAAAAUUUGGUUCUACUUGUUUUGAAAGUGCGUAAUAUUUACAAAUUUAAUAUUAGAAUUCCUUUAGAAAAAAGAAUACGACAUUAAACCUUUUUUUUAAAAAAAAAAAAAUCGACUGUUACAGUAAUUUUUUUUAAAAUCAUUUUCAAAUUUAAAGAAAAAAGUAAAUACCACGGAAUUUCAGAACAUUUUUCAGAAUCGUUUUUUGUUAGCAAUUGUUUAUUGUUGUAUACCUACAAAUAUAUAUUAUGUAGCUUUAUGAAUCCUACUUUUUUCAUUAUUUAAGUAACUUAAUCGAUCAAAACUUUCCCAAAAAAUUGCAUAGCGAAGUUUUAAUUGUUCAUAAAUAGAUAGGUUCAUCAUAUUUAUCGCUAGUUGUUUAAAAAUAUAAAAAUUAAUAAUGCUAUUAAAAUGAUUUAAGUUAUGAUAGAAAAUAUAUUUAAUGAUUUAUUUAUUUUUAUAAAUGUUUGGAAAAAAAAAACAUUAGCUUUUAAUAGUAAUUAGUUUGUGAGUACGCGUAUCUAUUACGGCGAUGGAGCGUUUGGUGCACAGUGCGACACCGCACGGUAUAAUACAUUUUAAUUAUGUUUAAAUGUUAACAGCACAACUACUCAUAAAAAAAUAAAAUACACUUCUGCACAAAACUCCGCAAACUGAUGUCAUAACAGCGAGGUAGUGGGCGUGCUUGCGACGAUACAGCAUGCAAUGCUAUCUCUUGAGCGUUGUUGACGUUUCACUUUCGGUGUGAUUUCCCUCUUAAUAAUAAACUAUAUUUAAUAUGUAUACUUAUAGGUGAAUUUUUUUUCAAAAUUUCAAAUAAUUACUGUAUUUUUAUUAAUAAACCUGUAAAUUAAAUUUGUGUAAUGUUGUAAAUUUGAAAUUUAAACAUAAUAUUUACAAUCAGUUAAAAUACAUAUUUCAUUUAGAUCCGUCUUACAAAUGGCCAAUCAAUCAUCCAAGCAUUCAAUGUCAAAGAAAUGUUAGCUGCUGUAAGAGUUUAUAUUGAACUUAAUCGUUCAGAUGGUGAUGCACCUUUUUCUCUUAUGACUAGUUUUCCAAGAAAAGUGUUUACAAAUGAAGAUUACGAAAAGCCACUUGAACAAUUAGGUAAUGUUAUUUAAUAUGUAUACAAAGUAUGAAAAUCAAUUACCUUAUAAAUAUUAAAUAAUAAAUUUAAGAUUCAGAAUUUAAAAAUCCAACAGUUACAAAAGUAAAUCAGUUAUGUUCCUAUAGAGUUACAAAUAUGAUUUAAUUUGUUUUAUUUCAAAUAAAAUAACUAGUUAAUUUAUUAGAUAUUAUUUAAAAAUAUUUUAUUAUCUAUUUAUAAUCAUUUAUAGUUACGAUAUAAUUAAAUUUUGUAAUCCAUUGUUUUCCCACCUAUCCACAUCUCAUGUCUAAUUAAAAACUUACGUCAUAGAAUUAUAAUUACAGUUUUUUUUAAAAAUUAGUAUUUAAUAAUUUGUGUAUGUUAUAUCUUUAAAGUAUUAUUAUUGUGUAUUAUUUAUAUGAUGCACAUUUUUGUAUUACACAUUAUUAUUUGAAAUUUGAAUUAUCAAUAGAAGUUACUGAUUGUAUGUCACUAGAACACAAUAGUAUAAUAUUUGCAAUACAAAACCAUAUGUACAAUAAAUUCUACCACACCUAAUUUAAGGGGUAGGUAUACCCCAUAGCAUAGGUAGUGUUACCCAUUAGUAGGUAACACUAAUAAUAAUUUAAAUAAAAUACAGUUUUUAAUAUAAGACAUUAUACAAUUAUAAACAUUUAAGAAAGAACAGUAUAAUAUUAUUACAAAUAAUGAAAACAGUUCUCUUCCUAACGUUUUCCUAAAAUUUGUCAAAAAGGUAGAUAGAUCAUUUGAUGAUGGUUGAUUUUAGAAAAAUUUACUUUGGAGAUUUACUGGAGAAACAGUUCAACAAAAUUAGAUCAGUAACUGAUUAUACUCUGAACAUCGUGUACUAUUAGAAAUAGGGAAUAUGAGUGGAGACAAAUAUUUUAGCUAACUAAUUCUUUAAGUACAUUUUUACAAGGCAUCAAAAUUGAUUUAUUGGCUUCUAACUGAGAUACAUACAAUGUUUACAUGGAAAAAUUCAAGCUUUCAGAAAUGAAAAUUAGUAUGUAUAGCACCUAUAAGUGACAAAUUAUCUUUCUCAGAAUUAUUAUUAAGUAAAAGAAAAAGAAAGAAAAAAUGUCAGGUGAAAUUAUGUCUGAUCCUACCAUUUGUCCAGUUACACAUUUUAAAGUUAAUACAUAUUUCACAGUCAUUGACAUUGUGUGUACUGAAAUAAAACAAUGAUUUAAAGACCAAUCAACACCACUUCAUGAAGAUUUAUCACUUUUCAAGUAAAGAGAAUAAUAGAAAUUAAGGGAAAUUCUAAUUUACCAAUUUAUCUAUUUGAAGGUUUUGAAAAAAUGUUUAAACAAUUUGUAAAAGCUGAGGAUUUGAGAUAUGAAUACAGUUUGUAAAUAUGUAUUUAAUAUUUGAAAAAUUAGUCAAAUUACCAGUGAAGAUACAUAAGCUAAAACCAUGGAAUGACAGUAGCAAUGAAGAUACCGAAGAAGAUAAAAAUAUACUUCGCAUAAUGACCCAUGUUGUAAGUUAGAAGUUGGAAAGGUAGAAGAGAAAUUUAAUGUUUCUUUGUAUACAGUGAUUAAUCAUUGCUAACGAAAAACUAUUCUGAGUGGAAUUAGGUUGUAUGUGAUUUGAAAAGUUGUAAUAUUUAUGAUUUUCCCGUUUUUUUUCUGAUUUUUUUUUUCCGGUAUCACUAUCAAAAUUUCUGGUAGUUAUUCAUAAUAAAUAAAAAAUAAAAAGAAACAUCUUAAACUCGUGGGUGGACCACUGUUUUAGGUGACUAGUUGGGAAGGUAAUUGAGGGAAAAUUUAAUGUAUAUAUGUAAGUAACGAUAAACCAUUGCUGAUGAAAAAACGAAGUUGAGUUGAUAUUGUUGCUUUAUCAACAAUAUAUGUCAUACUAUGGUAAAAUUGUUACGUAGGCAUUAUAUAUUUUUUUUUAAUAUUUAGUUUACCUAUAUUCUCAUUUUACACAUUUGUUAGGCAAAUCAAAAAGUACUUCCCUAGUCAGAUUUCCUUUUAGUAAAAGUGCUACUCUUGUAAAAUCAGAGCAAGAUUUCUGAUAAAAAAGUUGUCCACAGAAAAAAAAACAUCAUUGUAAAACCAUAAGCUUCUUCGAUUCACUUAGAAUCUAAAAAUGAGUUCAAGAAUUGAAAAUAGACCGAAACAAUUUGGUGAGUUUUAUUAUCAUAUAUUAAUUCAGUUAUGUGUAGAUUAAAUAAAUAUAGUGUGAGACUUCAUAUAAUUUAUGUCGUGGUUAUCUCCCAAAUUUGUCCAGCAUUUGUUUGUCUUGCAUAUAGUUCAAAAUAUAAUCGAGAAUCAUACACUUCGGUGACGCGUCACGAAAUAGCUGACAUCUAAAACACAAUGUAAGUCAUUCUGUGUAGCCAUUUAUAUUGUUGUAGUAGAAUUUUUUUUUUCUAUGUAUAUAGCGUACAUAGUGUGCGUAGCUUUCUGUGUGACCGACACAAUGAUUUUCUUAUAAUAAUAUUAAGUACUAAUUUUUUCGUUAUCGUUUAAGAUUUAUUUUAACAUAUUUUCAUAUAUUUUUACCUGUGCUUCUUUUACUAUAAAUGAAUAAAUUUGAUUCUUCAAAACUCAAAAAAAAAAUUCAUUGUAAAACCAAUACAUUUCUCUCUGCUCAGAACUCAGAAUCUAAAAUAAUACUACAGAAAAUGAAAUGAUGUCUAUAACUUGAGGAACAUAGUAUACAAGAUAUGUUACCAAAAUGGAUUAAAAUAAUUAUUAUCAUUUUUAUCUCAAGAAUGAGCCUUCCCAAAUUUAAAACUUAUUAAGAGCAAGUUAAUAAGUGCAUUGAAAGAAGAAAUAUUGGAUUGACUUAUGUUACUAUCAUGUGAAAAUUAUAUUGACUUUAACUCUGAUUUACUUAUUAAUUUUUUUUUAAAUCAUAUGGUACAGUACAAAAAAAAAUAUUAUACUAAUCAAUCAAUAUACUCAUAUUUAUUUAUGCAAAUAUUAAAAAAAUUGAAUAGUUCUAAUAUGCAUUAUAUGGUAUGAUGUAAGUAAAAAUAUAGAUAAAUAGCUAAAUAAUGCUCAGAUUUAAGCACUGUUCAGUAAAUAAUACAAUUUGUGAAUAAUAUUAUAGUAAAAGAUAGGACUUUACCCCCCCCCCACGACAUCAGUUUAAUACUGUAUAGGGUUGGAUAUAAUUUAUUUUUCAUUGCCUCACUUAAACAAAUUUAGUUUGAUGCCACAGACUAAAUGUAUUUAUAAAAAUAAUUGAUUAAUGUGUACAUCAAUUUUUUAUUUUAUUUUUUAGGUUUGGUACCAAGUGCAGUUAUCAUCUUGACUAAGCCUGUUCAAUAAAACUAAUACAAUGUAAUGUAAUAAGAGGUACAUUAUGAAAACAAUAAUGGUGUUCAAAGAUAUUUACUUUAAAGUAUAAACUUAUUAAUAUUUUAUACAUGCACACAUUCUCAUCUAUUUAGCUUUAUUAUUUAUGUUCUUUGAUCAAUUAAUAUCCAUAUGCAGAUUCUAGUGUAAAUUCUAAUGAAAUCCGUAUCCUUAAAUAAUAAAAAUGUUAUAAAUUAUAAUCUUAUUCAAAAUAUAAAAUCUGUAAAAAUUAGCUAUAUUUUUAAUUAAUGUUAAUCACCAUUUUUUAUAGCAAAGUAAAAAUACAAUGACUAUAUUUAACUAAAUAACAAUG